AUGUUUGAACGCCCGGGGCUGAAGCCAGGAGAUGGCGGCAGGUUCCGCGUCUGUGAGAGAACAAACCUGCUCUUUGUCGAGUUUAACACAGUCUCUUGUUCCAGCCGGAGUACCAUGGAAGCAGGGCCGUGGACUGGAAAGGGCUACAGUGCCCCCUGGAUGUACCACAGGGUGGCUGGGCAGUACACGCUCUUCGAGAAGCGGCUGCUGUCCGACUUCGCGCCGUGCCCGCGCCGGCCGGGGCCGCGCGUCCUGCAGGAUUCCACCAACCGGCCGGCCGGCCAGCCUCCGCCUGGCUGGGGCCCCCCGAGGCAGGAGCGCGCCGGGCCCGCGGCGAACGAGCGGCGCGGCGCCGAGGCGUCUCCCGAGCCCCGCGCGCCACGGAGCCCGGCUGGUCCCGGCGGCUGCGGCGCGGAGCCGGCCCGGGGGGCUGCGCUGGCCCCGGACGGCGGCAGGGCCCACCGCGGGGCGCCCGCCCGCUCGCCGCCCAGCUACGAAGCCCACCUGCUGCUGCGGCUGCGGGCCGGCCAGGGGCCCCGCAAGGAGAACUGCCCGCGCCCGCCGCCCUACGUGGCCCCGCCGUCCUACGAGGCGGCCCACCGCACCGUCCAGCCGCGGCCCCGGGCGGGCGGGCCAGCUGGCGCCGGAGCGAGGCCGGCCCGAGCGCCAGAGCCGGACGGAGGAGCCCGGGCGCCCGGCGGCGGCAGCUUCCUCCUGGGCGCCAGGACCUGGGCCGGGCGGCGGCGGCAGGCGGAGCGAGCGGAGCCCCCCCGGCCCCGGAGCCCCCAGCCCCGCAGCCACACCCUGCCGCGCGCCUCCAGGCGGCCGCCCGGCGGGCCCCCGCACGCCCUCCCCGCAGGGUGGGCCUUCAGCCCCUCGGCCGGCCCCAAGGCCGGGGUGCCCGGCGGGCGGCGGCGCGGGGCCCGGGCGGCGGGGCCCGGGGGGGUGCUGGAGAUCGACGCCACGUGCGUGGUGAUCCGGACCCGCUACGUGCCCCCGGCGCGGGCCGAGCGCGUGCGCCCCCUGGGCCGGCCGGGCCCCGCGCGCAGCCCCGCCGCCGCCUCGCUGCAGGAGCGCGCCGCCCGCAUCCUGGGCCUCCCCGCCAGCGAGCUGGGCUUCGCCGGGCCGGCCGGGCGGCGCUCGGCGGCGGCCAGCCCGAGGCGCCCCAGGGGCCCGGCGGAGUCCCCCGGGCCGGCCCCCUCGCCCGCCGCGGGCAGCCCCGGCAGCCCCGUGCCCUCCCCGGCGGCGCCUGCGGAGCCCGGGCCCAGCGGCCCCCCGGCAGGCAGCGGCGGCGCGGCGGGGCCCUCGGGCGGCUCGUACGCGCGGGCGCUGCGGGAGGCCAUGGCCCGGAUCCGCCGCCACACCGCGCCCGACUCGGACACCGACGAGGAGCUGGAGCGGGGCCGGCGGGCGGGCGGCGGGCAGGGGCGGCGCGGCGGGGGGCGGCUCGCCCGCGGCAGCAGCAGCAGCAGCCUGGAGAGCAGCGCCUCCGCCGCCACCGUGGUGCCCGGCGGCGCCCCCAGCAGCGGAGGCCCGGCCGGCUGGCAGCCGCGCCGCAGCGGCGAGGAGGGCUGA